UUUCCGUGGCCAAAUAUUCCCUAGUGCUCAAGAUCACCACCCCCAUCUCCUCUCCAAAUUUCUAUAAAUUCCCCCCCACCCCUUCCUACGUUUCUUCACUCAGCUGCUAAUUCACAUUCUCUCUGUCCUUCCCAAGUUCCAAUCUUCAUGAAAAUGGCUCUUGCUGGAGUUUUCUUUUUGGUUUUCCUUGUAAUGGUCUCAUCUGUCAACGGUUAUGGUGGUGGUGGUGGCUGGAUUAAUGCUCAUGCGACCUUCUAUGGAGGUGGUGAUGCUUCUGGCACAAUGGGUGGUGCUUGUGGUUAUGGGAAUCUGUACAGCCAAGGGUAUGGGACGAACACUGCAGCAUUGAGCACUGCUUUGUUCAACAAUGGGUUGAGUUGUGGAUCUUGCUAUGAGAUUAGAUGUGUGAAUGACCCCAAAUGGUGCCUGCCUGGUUCCAUAGUGGUCACGGCCACUAAUUUCUGCCCUCCAAACAAUGCACUGCCUAACAAUGCAGGGGGCUGGUGCAACCCUCCUCAGCAGCACUUUGACCUCUCUCAGCCUGUCUUCCAGCACAUUGCUCAAUACAGAGCUGGAAUUGUUCCUGUGGCCUAUAGAAGGGUACCCUGUAGGAGGAGAGGAGGCAUACGAUUCACAAUCAAUGGCCACUCCUACUUCAACCUGGUUUUAAUCACCAACGUUGGGGGUGCUGGUGAUGUGCAUGCUGUAGCCAUCAAAGGGUCCAGAACAGGCUGGCAACCAAUGUCAAGAAACUGGGGCCAAAACUGGCAAAGCAACACUCUUCUGAAUGGACAAAGCGUCUCAUUUAAGGUCACAACCAGCGAUGGCCGUAGUGUGGUGUCCUACAACGUUGCUCCUCCUAACUGGUCCUUUGGGCAGACUUUCUCUGGUGCCCAAUUCCGCUAGGGCCCCCAUCCCACACAUGCCCUUGAGCCCUAGUUGCUAGGGGGGUAUCAGAAGUAAUAUUAGUGUGACUUUAAGGUAUAUAUUAUAUUAUGUAAUUUUAUAAUACUGUGUCUGAGAGGGUCAGUUCUUCGCCUCUUGGGUCAAAAUCUAUAGGGCUUAUUUUAAGUUGCCCUUUCUCUCAUUUUGAGGUAACAGUUGUCACUCUUGGAGGGGCGGUGUCCUACACUUGGAGGGAACUUUUUAUUUUAGUGUUGGGGGUCUUUUCAUUUUUCCUUCUGCCGUAAAAAGGCAGAAGAUGGCUGAGGUGGACUCUUACCACCCGCCACUAGCAUUUGAAUAUAUAUAUUUUUUCCCUAUUGGAAGCUCUUUUUUUGGCAUUAAUUUAGGGUCAUUGUAAUCAACUUUGGGUUGAAUCAUGCCCUUAGUUGCUAUGUUUAAAGUUGUAAAAUCUCAGUUUCUGUUAGUAAUGGAAGUGAAAAAUUUUAUAUAUUAUCUAUA